AUGGUAAAAAGAUAAGCUAAAGAAUUACAUGGUGCACUUUCAGAUUAUGUUACACAAUGUAAUGUUUCAAAUACUGUUGGAAAUGUCACCUCUAUCGCAGGAACUGCUCUCAUGUUUACUCCAGCGUUUGCGGUUGGAAUCGGAAUGGUCAUUUUUGGAUGUUCAACUUCCGUUGGAUCUCAAGUAGCAAAAGAUAAAUUUGAAUCCUAUUACAAACAGCAAAUUGAGAAAAUACUUCAAGACGACAAAAGAGAAAGUCAAAAAGUGGAAGAACUGAUUGAACAUACUUAGGAAAUUUUAUCUAAUUCAAUACAAAAAGCAUGCUAGUUUUUAAUAAAAGGAGGUUUAAACGUAGGUGGAUGUGGAUUAUAAGCAUUAAAUGCAUUCUAAAAAGCCGGAAAUGUUGCUGUUUUUGCAGGAAAAGGUAUCCAAGUCGGAAAAGGCUUUCAAGUUGCUAGUAUAGUACAAGAGGGAGCAUAAUUGGCUAACAUUGUUUAAAAGGGAGCCUAAGUAGCUAAUGUCGCUUAAGGAGGAGUAUAAGCAGCUAAUGCUAUUUAGGGGGGAGUACAAGUAGGUAAUGUUGUCUUAAGAGGUGGUACCUCUCUUUCGAAUUUAGGAAAAUUGAGUAGUUUGACAUAGGCUACUAGGCUCAGUUCCUUAUCAGUUAUUUCGACUGGCUAAGCUGUAUAAAAUGUAGGAAGAGUUACAUUUUUAUCUUCUAGUACAGUAAACGUUGGAGCAACAGGUGGGAAAUUAGCAGGAAUAUCUGCUUCAAAAGUUAUACCAGUAAUGGGUGUUGUUUUUUCAGUAGCAGAUAUAGCAUUUACUUGGGGCUCAAUAAAUCAAACUAUUGAUUAAAUUUAAAAGCUUGAAAAUAUAAAAGAUAUAGAAAUAAAAGGCGUAGAAGAGAAACUAAAAGUAUGGGAAGCUGCAAAAGAUGAAAUUUACAGUACUUGUAGCUUCGCUGAAAAUGGAUUGAUUGAUUAUGAUGAUUAAUCAGAAAGUAGCGAUAGUUUUUAUGAAGAAAGUGAUUUGGAAGGCGAGUAUAGUGAUGAAGAGGUUAAUUUAAAACUAUAGUUAUCCGAGGACGAGGAAGAAAUUAAAUUUUCAGAGAUCCCUAAUAAUGCGUAAAUUCAAACUGUAUGUGGUGUUAGAACAAAAGAACAAAUCAAAAAUAACUCAGAUGGUUUUAUUGAUUCUAAGUAAAUGAGAUUUAUUAGAAAGAAAAAUAACCCUGAAUAGAUAAGUUGCGUUGUUUUGAUUAGAGCUGCAGCUAAGCCAUGUACUAAUUUUAGAUCUAAGCAUUUAGCUUCUAAUUAUAAAAGUGCAAGACACAAGAGCGUUGAAGCUCUAAAAGCAGGAUAAGAUAUUAAUACUGUUAUUGUUUGUCCGAGAGAGUAGGAAUCCACUUAAAAUUUGAAUUAGAACCAAUAAAAUGCUAAAAAAUAUUUUGAAACAGAGUAUAAACCUUAAGAUAAAGAGAAAAAGCUUGAUAAAACUAAAACAAAAAUAUGUACAAAAGAGUAAAAAGUUUAUGAAGUCGAAAUAUUCGAAUUUAAAUUAAAUUAGCAUAAAUAAGUAGAAUCAAGGAUGUAUAUUACUAAUGCUUUUGUUGAUUUGAUUGAUACUUUCGAGGUUUAUCAUUUUGCAAAUAGAGAAUAGUAUACGAGAGAAAUGGGGCAAGUAAACGGUGAAUUGUUGGAAGUUUUUAGAUUGGACAGUUAUUAAUCUCUAGGAUAUUUAAGAAAAGAGAUUAAAAAAUUGAAAAAGAAUAAAACAAUAGAUAAAAAAAAUAGAGAGAAAUAAAUUGAAAUUCUUAAAGAAGAUAUAGAUUGGAAAAGAUAAACAAACAGAGUAGUAAGAAAUCACAUAAAUGAGAUAAGAAGAAAAAGAAGAUUAUAUGAAAUUCGUAGAGAAAAAGAGAUAAGAGAAAUAAAGAAAUAACAAGAGAGAGAAAAAGAGGGACAUCAAGUGAGAAGAGAAGAAGAGAGUUAGCAAGAGAGAGAAGAAAAAGCGAAUUAGCAAGCGAGAAAAGAAUACGAAAGAAGAUAAGAAAAGAAAAGGAAAGAAUAGGAGGAAAUAGAUUUUUAUGAGAACUUAUUAAGGGAUUGA